CGCAGGGUGGUGCUGUUGGACCAGAUGUGCAACCUGAGAUGCUUUCACUGUUACAGAUUACAACAAUCUACUGUAUAGUAGAAGUAAACGAAAACACAACACAUUUCUGGUGUUAAAAUAAAGAUGUAUUACAUUUAUAAAAUUGCCAAGCUAAAAUUCCCAUAACUGCAGAUACAGUACUGAAAAAUCCUCAAAAUUAUAGCUAUUUAAUGACAUACAAAUACUUGUUGAAACCGGGUUCUACUCUUUGUAUUUUAAACAUGGUAUUCCCCCAAAGAGCCUUUUAUAUACAGCAUGCAUUGCAAAUCAGAACUACUGCAAAUCUUAAUAGCAAAUAAAGGUUUUGAAAUUAAAAUAUCAGUAAAACAUACCUUAAGUAGAAAAUACUUGUUAAGCAGAAUGGGUCCUGUCUUUAUAACGUUAUUAUAAUAUUCUAUUAGUUUUACUGAUGCAAUAACAUACAGUAACAUUAACUUUAUGGGAAGAAAAUGUGUUUGAUUUAUAUACUUUUGGGGAGUUUAAUCUAUAUUACAACUUGUCUCUUAACUGUCACCUGUCCUGUCACCAAUCCAAUUGAGGCACAGAAAAAGAAAACAAUGGACAUUUCCAUCCAAAGUAUGCAGUGGUAACAGUUCAAUAAAAGUUCAAUACCUACAACAGUGUAUCGCUGUAAGUAGAUUACUAAAGAAAACAAAAAUAACUAUACAUCUAUUCUUUGUAGGAGCAACAUUGAUCCAUAAAUCACUCCUGUCUACAUAUAUUUUAUCACCUUUAAUGUAUAAUCUGUUAUGCUAACAUGCACUUAACUAUAUGUUAUUCACAGAGAGACCCAUAUAAAACAGAGGGCUAUAACAGAACAGUGUGUCUGGUUGGGGGCUCCAAGUUAACUUUUGGAGCUGCAGAAAUGAACACCCGGUUAAACAGGUUGAUUGAUGGUUAGACAUGAACGUGCUAUGACUGGUCUUGUGCUUAGAUAUAUGUAUAUAAUUGUUCCUUUUGACAAGUGUGCAACUUGUGUUUUGCUACAAGUGACAUGAUUAUAUUUGUCAGAUUGAACUUUGGCUCACUGAGAAGUUGUUAUUUGUGGGAUGCAUGUUUUCCACUCAGAUUUAAAGGUGAAAGUUUUGAUGUAUUGACAUUUAACCAACAACAACUGUCUCGUGACCUUUAGAAAGCCCACAUCCCUCUCAUAGGUAUGUCUCCAGAACACUGAUAAAUAUAUUUUGUCUGGUGUGAUAGCUCUUCCUUGUAUAUAUUACCUCAAACCUGAUGUAGAUAAGAUAAGCUGAUCACACUGUUAAGGUAUGUUAUAUUGAAUCUUUACAAGCACGGAAACAGUGAUAACAUUUGACCUCAAUCCUCUUAACACCCCCAAAGGAGCACAUAGUGACUCACAAAGACAGCGCUGUUGUGAUGAUGUUGAAAUUCUACACCGUUGUACUGUAGCAAUACUUAAUCAUACAUGGAACAUAACAGUUCACAUGUAGGGCAAAUGUUGGCAAACAUUUCCAUUAUAUUAAAAUAGCAGGAAACUCAGUAGACAUUCAGAACCACAUUGAUCACACUUUCAGAGACAAGUUCAAUUAUCUGGAAAAGAUGGCGGUAUAUUUCCUGAGAUCAGAGCACAGGAGAAAUGUUAUUGUUAAUAAGUGCUGAGAUCUCCGGCUCAUCCCGCUCACGAUGACACAGACUCUUUUCGGUUAUUGUCUCUCCCCCACAGGGACUUCUUACAGCUCACCACUGAGCAGAAACCAACAGAAACAUGAUUCAUGAGGACUGUCUCGUCCCUGGGAGUAAUGAGUUAGCCAUUCAACAACAACCUUAAAAACCAUGCUGGGAAAUCUGUCAUAUUAUGAGAGUUUUUUCCAUGCCCUCUUAAAUCUCUGAAUUUUCCCAAACAUGUCCAUUCUUUUUAAUUUGCUCCUGCUUUGUGAGCUUUGAUCUGAGUUCAUUGCCAGCCCAUGUCAGAAAACUGUUGACGCAAUGUAUUUCCCACAAUCAGACAGUCUGUGGGUAAAGCAUCUCCUCUUGCAAACCAACACACUUGUGUGCACAGAAACCACAGUUUCUGCACAGCUUACUUUCCAUUUCUCUUCAGGAAGCUCCUGCUUUGUUCAGAGGGGCCUUAGACGUCUGUGACAUGCAAAUGAGCUGUAUGAACUGUGUUGUGCCAUGCAAAGCGGAAACGCUUUCCAAGUCGGUGGAAAAAUGUGUGUAAUUGUAAAUGUCAUCAGUCUAUAUCUCGCAUGUACAGUUAUACUCCCUCAGAAGACCUUCUGUUUGAGAUCAACGGCUGACAGACAUUGAGAGGAGCUUUUUAACGUUUGCUGAAAUGACACCCGGUUCAAACCACACACUCUCCAGGAAAGGGAUUGAAACAAAUUGCUGCAUACUCUACAGAAAACCCAAAGCCAGGUGUGAGAAGAUCUGCCACUUUACAGAGUCAAGGACAAAGGAUCAGAGACAUAUCAAAUCUCCCUGCUUCAGGAACUGUCUGACUUUUCGCUUCAAGGAGCGGGCGAGGAUGGAGCAAAGGGAACCAGCACUGGAUGUUGAAGGGACUGAAGGAGGACUCAGGGAACUGGCCUCAAAGUGGUUUAUAGACACUCAGUUACCAAACAUCGUCCAAAACGGCUUCUUCCCCAGCUGGUUCCGGGGCUUCAUCACAAGGAAGGAGGCAGAGGAAAUACUCAGAGAAAAGGAGCUGGGCUCUUUUCUGAUCCGUCUCAGUAAAAAGGCCAUCGGAUACAUUUUGUCUUAUACAGGCAGGGAUCGGUGUCGACAUUUUGUGAUAAACCAAAAUGAAUCAGGGCAGUUUGUAGUGUUUGGCGACACUAAAGGGCACGACUCGCUCUAUGAGCUCAUAGAUUACUACCAGACGAACGCCAUUCAGCCUUUUGAAGAGUCCCUGGCAUCUUCAUGUUUUGAGGAACUUGACAAAGAGCUGUAUGACACCAUCCAGGUUAGCCCUAAAGAGAGGCCUGUUGGAGCUAUAAAGAACAUGCGAACACCACAGAUUAACUCAGAGCAGCUUCCUGCACUUCCACCCAGGACACAAGAGGAAGUCCCUCCUUUGCCUCGGAGGGGCAGACAUCUCGACAUUGGUCCGUCGAAUGACCCUGAGAAGGCUUUGUAUGCUCAGUUUAAGAAGCAAAAACCCAGGGAGAUACCGAGAUCCGAACUCAUCUGUCAGGGCAAUUUCCCUGGAGAUAAUCAAGUGAGAGCUGGGAGAUCAACAACUCAGAACAUGAGCAGGAGCAAUUCUCCUUCUGGACCAGAGUCUGUUUACUCUGAGCUCAGCCUGCUGGAUACCAAGUGCAGGUCUCUACCGCUCCUGAACCACAGCUGUGAGGGAGAGCAGUCUUACAGGCUGAGUGCACCCCCCCUCACGCCACCCAGACUUUCCCCUAAGCCCGUCAGACAAGCCACUUCCUUUAGUCCUCUGCCUGAGGGGACAGACUCGUGCAGCAGUCAGGAUCACAUGAGUGACGCUGCUGUUUAUCACCUGGCUGGCAGAGCUAGCAGCCCACACCAUGCUUCCUCUGGGACUGGAUCUUCAGAGCAGCACAGGGGGGCAGUGUACGCUGAGGUCUCAAAUAAAGACCACUUCCCUCAUACAUAUGAGCCGAUUCCUGGCCACAAGGACACAGACGCACCUGAACCCAACAGCAACACCUACGAACCUCUGGAGGACGUCAGACCCAAACAUGGUCACCUCACCUGGGGGUUUAAGAAUGAUAAAUGGAAAUGGCUGUUCCCUGAAGUCAAGAGGAAAUGGUGAAGAGCUUACCUUGCCAACUACUGAUGAAAUGUUCACCCACUUUCUCUACACUACAGUGGUCCUGCCUUACAUUCACUCUGUGAAAGAAUACUUGUAAUAUGUUCAACCUGGGCCCUCAUGUGCAUAGUUUAAUCAAUGACAUCUUCUGUCAUUUGUAUUUCAAAUCUAUUUAUUUAAAGAAACACUGUAGUCUAUUUAUUUUUGUCUACACCACAUUUGAAUAAAUGACACAUGCAAAAAGAAAAACUCAUUAUUUUCCUAGAGAAAAAAGGGUGUACUGUGUUUCCUACUGAUCUUCAAACAUAUUUUGACUAUAGGCUGCUCCCAUCAAUGUUGCACUUCACUGACAGGAAACUUUAUUUGCAUGCAGAUUACAAACACAUGUGUACGGCAGCAACUCGAAUGUGUUUCAUGAUCAGUUUCCAAUGCCAGUGAGGAAACGCACCAGGAUAUUUUUAACCCAAUAUAAAAUAUUAAACAUUUCCGAAGGCAAACAAUAUUUGGACAUUCCUAACAUAUUCCUUCAAACUCUUAGAUAAAGAUUAUACAUUGACAUAUUCUUAAAAACACAAAAGCUAGAUGUGAUCAGUGCCCUAUUUUUAAAUAAUUGGGUUUCUGCACCUGGGAAUAACUCUGACAUGACACAUGCACUAGGUUCAGUAGGAGAUAUGAAAAAAGGGAAUACCCUCAUUUCUAUCAUACAGUACAAUUUUGCGACGCUGUGGUGAAGACAUUUUCAAUACAGUGAUGAUUGAUAACACCGUAUAAACACAUUUUAUAUGAACAUGAAUUGUAUCUGUUAACAAAUCUCUCUCGGGUAGAUUUUAAACUAUUUGUAACUAUAUUCAGUACGUAAUGGUUUAAAAAAAGAAAGAAUAUAUAAUCAAUUAAUUUCUUAUACUGCUUAUAUAAUAAAAUAAUUGGUAGGGUUAAAACACCACAAUCUUAAGAAAAAGUAGCAAUGCAGGAAAUAUUGGUACAUGACACAGUAGCAUUGAGCAGUCAGACCUCCAGCCUAAGGAAUAAUCUUAAAUCACAUCAAAUUAAAACAGACAAGAUCCCAUUGAGUGAAAUGUGUGAGUUUCACACACUGUCUGUUUACAGGAACAGUUGCGUACAGUUACGGCUGCUUUACAGCUCCAGUAUCACAUUGCACCAGAAGCUUCUCAGCUGGAAUCAUAAUUAAACAGAUGUUCUCUGUGAGACCAGUAAUUAAUGGAGCCACACAAUCAGCACUGUAUUACCCUGAAUAUUCAAUGCUGCCCUCAUAAAAGCAACUGGAGAUAAUGGGGGAAUUAACCGGCUGCUCUGAUGACUGCACACUGUUUAACUGACUUCAAUGUAUUCCCCUCUUUAGGUGAAUGAAGACACUUAAUAUUAACUUUUUCCUAUGUUUCAUAGCUGUCAGUGUGCAUGAGAACACCAUCCACCAUGUAGCUAUAUUCAGUACAAUUAUAUUUUGGUGUUGAUCUGUAUGCAUGUUAUUUU